UAACAAGUGCGUAGUUGUUCCUAUAAUAGAAGAACCAUGUUCUGCAGACCAGUCCAGUAAAGCCGCUGACGAUAAAUACUGUGGUUUAUUGAAUCCGAAAAAUGUAAAAAGCCCAUUCAUGUCUUGUGCGAACAAAGAUAUGGAUAUGGCCAAGGAUUUAUAUGAGUCCUGUCUAUAUAAUUACUGUAGUAUAGAAGGAUCACCUGAACUCGAGCAAUCUAUUUGUGAGUCUUUGGAGGGAUAUGAAGAACAAUGCGAAGACAUGGGUUUAUCAAUAACUUGGCGGAAAAGGGAUUUUUGUCCACUCACAUGUCCAGAUAACAUGGAAUAUACUACUUCUGGGAGUGGAUGUCCAGGAACUUGUGUGGACCCAGAUGCUCCACUAACAUGCAGAUUACCAAAUACAGAAGGUUGUCAAUGUAAAGAAGGAUUUCUCCUGAGUGGAAAUGAAUGUGUGCCCAAAGAACAAUGUGGAUGUCGUGGACCAGAAGGAGAAUACUAUCCCCUUGGAAAGCAAUUAACUUCAUCAGACUGCACAAUUGUAACCAAGUGUUCCAGAGAAAACGGGAAACCAACUUUGACAGUUGUUAAACAACAAAUUUGUCAUCAAAAUGCUAAAUGUCGUCUCCGAAGAGGACAAUAUAGAUGUAUAUGUAAAAAGAAGUUCAAGGGAAAUGGUGUAGAUGUUUGCACUCCACCUGAAGAUCCAGAGAAUGUUGAUGAAUGUCGAAAAUCCACAAAGGGUACGGAAUACAAAGGUCGAAUUAGUUUGACACAAACUGGGCGUACCUGUCAGCAUUGGGAACGGCAAUAUCCACACAAACACGUGUUUAGCAAGCUUAAAACGAAACAUAAUUACUGUAGAAAUCCUAACAACAGCGGACAACCAUGGUGUUAUACAAUAGAUCCAACCAAACGUUGGGAAUAUUGUAAGAUACCUAUGUGUGAUUUCAUAUCAUUAUGAGGACUGAAAAGAAUUCGAGGCAUAGUGCAUUCUCAAUAAGUGUGUGCUAAGCUUUAACUAUAUCAUCAUAUAAUAAAGUAAAAUUGCAGAUAUUA